AUGGGUGCAGAAGAAGUAAAUUGUCCGGUGUGCGGAAACUUGAUUGACAUUGCAAUCGUCAACGAGCAUAUUGACAAUAAUUGUUCAAUGACAAUUAUUAAAGAUCCUAAAAAAUUGGCAUCACCUGUCAAGAAUGAUAAAACAACGCAAGCAACGAAACGCAAAAACAUGAUAGAUUAUUGGGGAAAGCCAUCGACAGAGGUCGUAUCCCCAAUCCUCUCUAAAGAGACGUCAAAUGCGCAUUCAAAAGAAACUUCAAUUGCACGAUUAAAGGAGACGUCAGAUCUGCGGCCAAAUAAGCAAAUUAAAACGAGCCAUACAAAAGUGGACAUUCCUUUAGCCGCUAGAGCACGACCAAAAAGUUUGGAUGCAUUUGUAGGUCAAAAAGAUCUAAUCGGUGAAAAUGGAAUGCUCAGAAAUUUAAUUUUACGCGAUAAAAUUCCAUCAAUGAUAUUUUGGGGUCCUAGCGGAACAGGAAAAACGACUCUCGCCAAAAUAAUUACCAAAAUGACUCAAUCGAUAUGUAAAGAAUUUUCUGGAAUCACUCACGCCUCCGCUGAUAUCAAGUUGAGUGCAUUCGAUGAAGCAAAAAAUGAACAAAGACUAACUGGAAGGCGAACAAUAAUCUUUUUAGAUGAGAUUCAUCGCUUUAACAAACCACAACAAGAUUUGUUUCUUCCAUACGUCGAGUCCGGUGAUGUAACUCUUAUUGGUGCAACAACAGAAAAUCCUUCUUUCAAAAUUAACUCGGCUCUUCUUAGUCGAUGCAAAGUGUUUGUGCUAAAAAAGCUAUCGCCAGAUGAUAUACUCUGCAUCCUGCAAAGAGCAAUCCAAGAUACCUUUCAGCAAAGAAAAGAGCCUUUUGAAAAUGAAGAUGCUAUAAUUCAAUCGACAUUUCAGUCUUCGAAAGAGCACAAUGAAGUUGUUGAUGAUGAUGUACUAAGAUUAUUGGCAGUCAUGAGUGAUGGAGAUGCUAGGAUCGCAUUGAAUUCUCUAGAAAUAGCAUUAAACGCAUCGUGUCAAGAGCGAAGACGUAUUACUAAAGAAGAUAUUAAAAUAGUAUUUCAAAAAUCACACCUACUUUAUGAUAGAGAUGGGGAAGAGCAUUACAACACAAUAAGUGCUCUUCAUAAAAGUAUACGUGGAAG